AGAAGCGCCAGCAGGCUCCCGCCCCGCGUCCCCGCCAGCCAGGCGGCCAGCAGCCUCCGCGGGAACAUUCCGCUUCCCGCAGGACCCGCCGCGAGCUUCCGGGGCCCAAGGAACCAGUCCGGAGGGGCGCAGGCGGUGGUCCACAGCGUCCCCCUAAAUGGCCGGCCACGAACCCGUCUCACGGUCCCGCGGCCAGGAGCCGCCGCUCAUCUCUCUCUGCAGCCACCGCUGAGGAAGAGUCCCCUCUAAGAGGAGAGUCGGUCAUGGCAGCAGACGCCGGGAUGGCUCCGCGACCGCUACACCAGGCACUCCUAGGCCCGGGCAGCAGACCACUCAGCCCUCUGGCUCCUUAGCGACCUCCGGCGGGCGCCCGGGGCCGGGAUGCAGGGCGCGCGGACAGAAACGAGACAGAUAGCUCAGGCCCGGCAGCACGCAGGCUCCCGCGCCUUCCGCGACUGCCACACGCGCCGCCCGCGCGCACCCUACCCUUUCUCCACCACCUGGGCCCUGAUUGGGCGCGACCUGGGCUCCUGGGUGCUCAUUGGCGCCGCCAAGUGCUUGUCACCGCCCCCUCCCGCCCCUUCAUGCAAAGCGCGGAGGCCGCCUGCUAGCAAGGUGCUGAAACUGAGAGCAGCCCCAGUACACUCCCUGCAUGUGAAUCUCCAUCUCAAAGUCAGCCUCCAGGGAGCCCGCCCUGAAACAGAUUCUGUCAUGGAACCCAACAGAGUAUCCCGGACUUGAAGAGCAAGCUGUUUGAGUCUGAUGCAACCCCUGGGCUUCAACUAUCAUGCCAAAAGGCAGCAAAUAAGUCCCUUUUCUUCCCUUCAGAAUACAUGGACAAGCCAAAGCUCUAUUAGUCUAUUAUUCAGAAUGAAAAGUGUUUACAAUAUUCGUCCUCUUACUCCUCAGUAUGUGAGACUGUUCCUCAUAGCAGGUAAUUUCCAAAUUCAAAAACUCCUCAUGGAAGCAUCUGUUUUUAUCAUCAAGGAGGGGGCUGUAUGUGGAAUUGCAAGGCCAAAGACACCUCGGGUCAACUCUUCUCAGGACCAGAUCCAAGUCGCCAGUGAGAACACACAUUCAGGCAGCCUCCGCCAGCGCCCUGCCUCAGGAGCGAGGCUCCCUGCUUCAUGUGGGCAAGAGUUGCCCCUGUUUUCCCAGCAGGCAGUCGGGGGUCUGGAGCCUAGGAAGCAAAGUGAAGCACACACUCCUGCUUCCUUCCUUCCCUGCAGUUGGUGAGUUUCUGGCUCAGUUUAGGUUAAUAUCAUCUCUUCAGCCUGGCCCAGUUUACCACUAUGGGAAGGAGCCCAGCAGCAGGGGCUGCCAGACCUGGAAAUAGAUCUGCUCAUUGCAGUGUGGCAGGUGCAGAGAAACAGAGCCAGCUAUAGCUGGAAGAGAAUCUUAGGGCACAGAGAUGAACAAACAUGUAUGAGUAAGUCGAGACCCAAGUACCAAGCUGUAGAGUUACUGCACCUUAGCAACCCAGGCCAGGAGGCAAGGCAAGAGGGCAGUUAUUACACACAGCCAUGGGGCAAGAGUGGAGCCACCUUGACAGUGGGGUGACCAGAAGCCACAUCUAAGACUGUUGGCCCAGAGUCUCUGCAUUUCCUCCUGCUCAGGACCUUAAGAGAGGCCCAUCUUAAAUGCCACUGUCUCCAUGAGCUUUUGGAAACCUUACCAGUUUCCUCCCAUAUUCAGGGAGCUCCACUAGGGUAACAUUCCUGCCUUCUCUCCACCCCUCUAUUACUUUGCCCCAGGGAAAAUAAAAGAUGACUGCUUGGAUAGGUAGGUGGGGAGGGGAACUGGUCCUGUGUGGGCCAGUGGGCCCCUCCAUCGCCUUGGGGGUGAGCCACAUUCAGGGUACAAAAUCCCACUGCUCUCGCUGACGGGGCUGCACUCCUGGAGGACUAAAGGAGGCUUUCUCUGGUCCAGGGCUGCCAUGGCUGGGCGGGUGAGCCUGCCUCCUAGUGGGAUUUGCAUUAGUAGCUCAUUUAGUUCACAGGUCUAAAGCUAUGUCUUCCAGCCCAGCCCUCUAGCAGUAAUAAAGAGGAUAUUUGGGUUCCUGUUGCCACUCCUUUGUUUUAUUUCUCAGGGCCCUCAAAGACACCCCAAAAUAGGUUUCCUGUCCCCUUCAAUCUUGCCCUUCUUUGAGUCCCCAUUACAUUUUGUGGUAUAUUUCUAGCACGACCUUUCAUUCUUUCAGUAAUUACCUCCUUAUUUCCUUCCCCCCUGCAUUUAAAAAAACAUUUUAUAGAUGAGUUGUCACUCUAUCACCCAGGCUGGAGUGCAGUGGUGCAGUCAUAGCUCGCUGCAGCCUUAAACUCCUGGGCUCAAGCAAUCUUCCUGCCUCUGCCUCCCAAGUAGCUGGGACCACAGGUGCACAUGAACAUGCCCAGCUAACUUUUUUUUUCUUUUUUGUAGACACGGGAGUCUUACUUUGUUGCCCAGACUGGUCUCAAACUCCUGGCUUCAAGCACUCCUUCCACUUUGGCCUUCCAAAGUGCUGGGAUUACAGGCAUGAGCCACCAUGCCCAGCCUCCUUCCCUUACUAGCUGAGAACUAAGAGAAGACACUCUGGAGACAGAGGAGGAAACAAUGACGAUGCCACAUGAUGAAUACAUAAUGGAGGGUGAAGACAAGGCUCCGUCAGGGCACCAACAAGGGAAACUUAGUUCUGUGGGGAAGGUAGGGGGUGGCUUCACAAGCCCAGUGUCUUCUCCCUUUGUGGGAGAUGUGUUGUUUCAGCAUCCAUUCCCCCUUCUUUUAGGAAAAGUGCUUGAAUUUCCUUUUCAUGGAACCACCCACCUCCCUCUCAUCCAUGCAUUCUAUUCUUAGCAUCAGGGGUAGACAAGUGACUUCAGGCUUGGCCAAUUAGGGUUCUGACUCUUGGUCAAAUUGGAGUGAAUCCUGAGUCAUUUGUAAACUCCAAGGAAAGGGCUUGCUUUGUUUUCUGCUGAAUGCAGUGCUCUGAGAUAGCCGGAAAUGAAGCUGCUUUCUUGCCACACUGAAGGCUAGAGAAGGGCCUGGCCAGGAAAUGAUGCCAGUGAUCAGGGGUGGAGCUGGAAGAGGGGGAGCAAGGGGGCCCAGACAUCUUGGGAGCCCCGAAUUCACCUCAGGAUUUAACUUCUCCGCUGCUUAGCCAAUAAAUUCCUUUCUUCCAUGGCUAA